AUGGAUGUCGACUUGGCAAGUGUCGAAGUAGUCUUUGCUCAGAAGUUGGCAUGUGGCGAACCAGCCACUCGUCAACGAGCUCUUCGUGUUCUGCACGAUUGGAUUCGUGAUCAGUCUGCAAAGAAACCAUUCGACGAAGCAGAUUUGAUGCGAUUGUGCAAAGGACUUCAUUAUGUGAUGUGGAUGCAAGAUAAGAUGAUGCUCCAAGAAGAACUGGCCGACCGAAUCGGAGGACUUAUUAAUAUUUUCACAUCGGAAGAUGAAAAAGUUCGAUUUGUUGCCUGCUUCUUGAAAAGUCUUUCGAACGAGUGGCCACAUAUUGAUCGGUGGAGAAUGGACAAGUUCCUUAUGGAAGUUCGUCGUAUGGUCCGUUCUUGCUUCGCUCAUCUUGCCGGUUUGAAAUGGAAGAAAGAGAUUCGUGAUCAGUAUUGGAACGUUUUCCAAAAAACUACUAUCUCUGCAGAUAAAUCUUUCAAUGAAGCACUGAAAUUCCAUUUCGCUUCGAUUCUUCUCGAUGAGCUAGACGCAGCAGGUGGUUUGACGAAGAAACAAGUGACUGCUUGUCUAAAACCGUACAUCGAACUCAUCGGUGAUAAGGACAUCAGUGAAUACUUAUUCACAUCUCUUUACGAUGAAAUCUUCAAAACAAUUCUACAACAAAAGAGUGACAUGGUGUCAGCGGCCGAGGAAGGAGAAGAAAUGGAGCAAGAAGCUGGAAUCGAGUUCAGUUAUAAAGAAAUUGGAGCGAUGCUGUUUGAGGUUGGAAAGAAAGAGCAUCUGAAUGCCAAGAGAAGAAAGAAGAUUUACGAUUUGGUGAAGAAAUUCGACAAAUGUGCUCGCGGGCAAGAUCCACUUCAUUUUGAAGCUCCUGCACCAGCCGAAAAGCUGACAAAGAACGAUUAUGAAGAAGCCGAGAAGAAAGCAGUUGAAUUGGCCAAAAGUUUCAAAGAGGAGAAGAAAAAAGCUAGAAAGGUGAAAAGUCUGAUCAAGAAACGAGCUCGUGAAGCUGCCGAAGCAGCACAGAAAGAAAGUGGCGAUGUGGAGGUUCCAGAAGACGAGAUCUCCGAAGUUAAGAAGAAGAGUGGAAAGACGACGGCGAUUCCUAAAGUGAAAAAGGGGAAACCACUACUGAAAGCUAAAGGAGUUGGGAAGAAACAGAUGUUGGGUCAGAAGAAGAAGAAAGGAGGGAAGAAAAAUUGA